AUGUUGACAAUAUCAACAGGCUGUGUGUCUUGUCAGUCUAGGUAUAGAUCAGUAUCGUAAGCGCAGCCACACCACACGGAUACUGGCCUGCAGCUCAAUAAGGCAUGUUGGUCGCUGCUCCUCCUUGCGAUUAGCGCUUUGAGAAGCAUUACGGAACGCUGGCAGUGCGAGUCAGCACGCGCCGUGAUGAUUUCGCUAGCUGUCUUUUGCGACUCUCGCGUUGUAAAGAAACAAGCGACAUGAACAAUCUUGAUUUUUCUUAGUUGCUGAAGUUGGGUUGCUGUAGCUGUCUCCCGUUGAAGGAGGUCACUUUCUGUGCGGUUUUCGGCUUACCGUUUCUUUGCGGAUGAUGUCGAGAGCAGUCUAGCUUUGAAAAGCCAAAAAAAAAACACACACACUUUCGGUGCGGUUUCGGGCUUACCGUGUCUUUGCGGAUGAUACUGCUAGCAGUCUUCCAGCAUGCAUAAGGACACACGGCAACGACCUGGUCCCGUGAGAGGCGGGCCAGGCAGCAAUUCGUGGGACGAAGAUGACGACAUGCCACGUGCGCUCCCCUCUCUUCCACAUCAUCAGCCACGUCAGCUUCUCCGCCCCGAGCAGCAGCAGCAGCCGCAGCAGCAAAAACAGCCGCAGCAAGCGCGGCAGGCUCCCCCCCCACAGUCACGCAAACCCCAGCCCCCGUUAGAAGAACAUCAACCGUCCCGCGGCAAGCAGAACUCUAGAGACGCGUACGAGCCGGAUGAACAGUACGAACCUCGUUACUCGAACCAGCGUGAUUCCCGGGAUUCGCGGGAGGUUAGGGAGCAACCGUAUGACCGGAACAACUGGCAAAGAAACGCGCCGGUGCCAGCUCAGCAGCGGCAGAGCGGCUCGGUUCCGUACAGGCGCCCGGUUGCACAGCCGGAUUCUGAGACGGAAACUGAAACGGAGGCGGAAACGGAGGCUGAGACGGAAACGGAAUUCGAGACGGAAGCUGAAACGGAGGCUGAAACGGAGGCUGAAACGGAGGCGGAGACAGAAGUGGAAGAGACGGAAACGGAGUUUGAGGAAGAGGAAGAGGGGGAGGAAACGGAGGAGGAGGAGGUGACUGAAGUGGAGGAAGAAGGGGAGGGAGAGGAGGAGGCGGAGGAGGAGGAUAAGGAUAACAUUCUGGAACAAGUAGCCGAGCUGCUGAGUCAGAUCGAGGCCAUGAUUGCAGCAGGGCCGCAUGGCAAGCUGGAUGAAUACCUCCCGGUGGUGGACCUGCUGCUGAAUGUGCGCAAGGUGCUGGCAGAGGUGGGGGAGAAGGACGCGGGGAGGAGGGCUGACAUGCUGCUCAGGACCGCUAUGGAGGAUCUGGACUACGAGCUAAGAGACAUACUUAAGAGGAGGAGCAAGCAAGCCUCGGCCAGGUUCUCAGCAGACGAGCUGAGGAGGCUCUUUCAGGCGGAGUUCCUCCAUGGGGGGAGCGCGGAGCCUGCAGGGGAGGGGGGGGACGGGAAGGGGGAGGGGCAGGAGGGAAGGGGGGUUAGAGAGGGGAGAGGAGGAGAGGAGGGGGAGGAUGGGGCCCUUUUGAGUCCAGGGGAAAGGGGGGAUGGGAGGAGUGAGGGGAGGAGUGGAGCUCAAGAGGCAGGACCGGAAGGGGAAGAGAAAGCGGGUGGGGAAGGGGGGGAGGAGGAGGGGGGGAGGCGGAAGGGGAAGAGGAAGGUUCCUGAGCUGUUUCCUGUGAGCACGGGGCGGUGGCUGAAUGAGGCGGCAGGGCGGAUGGUGCAGGGAGGGGCGGGAGGAAAGUGCGUGGAAGCUUACAGGUCCGUGAGAGCAGAGGCUGUGAAGGCGCUGAUGGACGAACUCAAGCUGGAGGACGUGCUGAGCCCAGGGGUGAUUCACGAGGCCCCGUGGCGGGUGCUGGAGCAGGCGUCCAAGGAGUGGGUGCAGGCUGCGUAUAUCAUUGGAGCACUCAUCAUCCCCAUGGAGCACCAGACGGCCAACGAGGCGUGGAGGGGCAUGGACACGCAGAGGCGAGCCGCACUGCGAGGAGUGCUGGAGGAUGGUGGCGUCGGGCGACGGGUUUUGUUUCUAGCAGACGUGCUUAGGGCCAUUGUGUCGCGGCGCAUGGCGGAGCAGCUGUUCUCCCUCCUGGACGCUUAUCAAGUGGUUCAAGAGAUCAUGCCAGAGCUCUCUGCCACCUUCCAGGACCUGAAGGUCAGCAGUGUGUGGGGUGCAUGCGAGGGCUUACCUCUCCUCCUGGGGCGAGCACUCUCUGCCACCUUCCAGGACCUGAAGGUCAGCAGUGUGUGGGGUGCAUGCGAGGGCUUACCUCUCCUCCUGGGGCGAGCGGUGGCGGCGUGCUUCCAGCGGCUGAAGCUGCUUCUGGAAGACUCUGCUGCGUCUAACCUUGCGGAUGCCAUGCGGAAGCCUGUUCCGGCAAAGAAACCGGCUCUUAGCUUCCUCACUCGCAGCGCCACCGCCAACAGCAGCACAGCUGUGGCCCCUGACGAGUCUGUCUAUGAGAUCGUGCCCCGAGGGGGGGCAGUUGACUCCAUCACCAGCUAUGUGGCCAACUACAUCCGCAGCUACAUGCAGAGGCAAGGAGAACGCAGCUACGUUGACUCCUUGACCUCCCUCUUCGCCAUUCUUGAGACCCAUCCGGACGAGGACCCCAACUCCCUCACAGCAGAUUUCGCCCUCCUCCCCUCCCCUCCACCGCCUCCUCCCUCUCCCCUCUCUCCUCCAAUCCAAUCGCUGCUGCCGCAGCCGCUGCCACGUCAGCAUCUGCCAUGUCAGCAGGGGCGGGCAAUGGGAGGGCGCCAGGUGUCGGGAGGAGCUUGGAGAGUGAGACAGCUCAGCUGGUGAUGCUUUGAGGAGGAACCUAGAGUCUAGAUCACGGCUUUAUCCAGAAGAGGAGCCUACAGCAGCUCUUCCUGAUGAAUAACCUCAAUUAUCUGGUGAAAUCCAUGUAAGUGAGUGGGCUUUAUGGGGGGUAAAACUUAUAGUGAGGCUUGGAGGGAGCUACAGCAGCUCUUCCUUAAAGCCCAGGUCCCAAAUUAGUCAAGCAUGCAUCAAACUGGGCCCAGUUUGAUGCUGACCGUGCUGGCGAACAAACCAAGAAAAAAAAAGAACCAACUGUUCCUUCGCCACAGUGAGAGGCAAAAUCGAGGUUGGAAUAUCUACGGUGGAAAUCAACUUUGCAAACUGGGCCCAGUUUGAUUCGUGCAGUUUCCACCGUUAGAUCGGGCUUGCCAAGCCUAACUCCAAACCCUGCUCUCGUCAGGUUUCCAAUCAACGGCUGUAAGUGAGCUUACAAUUUGGGACUUCAUGUGUCCCUGUGUCCCGUGAGAUCCUCGUGUGACCCAACUUGAGCUCACCCCAAAUCAAACUGGGCCCAUCUUGCAUAUGAACCCUGCGCUAAGUAACAGAAUCACGUUUUUUCACACCCAAUAAAACAAUCGUUUUUUUUUUCCCCCAACCAGCCCAAAUUCUG